AUGUCUCUUCCAGAAGAUUUAAAAUCCUUGUAUGUCAAAUGGCUAGAAGAAGAACUUGAAAAGGUGGGAGCGAAGCAUGAAAAGCUGGCAAUAGUUUACGGGAGGGCGCUUGACAACCUUCGACAACACGAUGGGCCUCUUUUCUUGCCGUCGAGUUUGUUGGCAGUUAAAGGCAUUGGAAAUCGGAUAAAAACUGUAAUGAAGCAAAAGCUGGCCACUUAUUGCAAAGAAUUGGAUAUUCAAGAGCCUCAAGAAAAUGUGUCAAUUCAAAAUGCUACAGAAGCGGUCAUUAGGCAAAAGAUUCGCGUUGGGCAAGGAGAUGACAUUCACCAAGAAGAAACACGACCAAAAAAGCGUCGUAAAUAUGUGCCGAAAAGAAGAUCUGGUGCCUAUGCAAUCUUGUUGGCUCUUUUAGAGGGCUAUGCCAAUCGCGGAAUGACCAAAGAUGAAAUUUCUAGGAUGGGCCAUAAAUUCUGCGAUCAUAGCUUUAAUCCCAAUGUCUCUACAAGGCAAUUUCAUGGCGCCUGGAGCGCGAUCAAAACGCUUUUAGAAAGGGAGCUCGUGCUUGAGAAGGGACGACCAAAACGUUACUACUUAACAGACGAUGGAGAUGCCCUUGCGGAACUUUUGAAGAAAAGUGAUGAUAUUUUAUUUGAGAACGAAGAGGAAUAUCAAAAGCACAGAGAGAGUUCUGAUAUUGCUGAAACUAGACCAAAAUCAGCUUUCGAAGACUUUGAAACGUCUGCUAAUUUGAGUGAUCUCGUGGCAGCAACUGCUAAUGGGAUACUUGCGUCAGAUGAGGCUAAGAAAAUACAAUCCAUGGAUUUCGAUGAUGUCGAACCUGCUGCAGAUCAGGGUUUGGAUAUAUUUGAGCGACAAAGCAGCAUUAGCUCGAAAGGCGGCAAAACUUCUUCAAUAAGGAAAGAAAACGGCAUUAUCAGGGCACGAUGGCAAGCAACAAAUUACGAAGUUUGGGAUGCUGGUUCUUUUGACGUUGUCUUGAUUAUAGAUCACCGGGAGGUCAAAUCACAACGAGAAAGGGACUUUUUCGCUAGUGAAUUGAUGGAAAAGGGCGUUACUACCGAAAUAAGGCAACUUGCAGUCAGUGAUAUGCUAUGGGUGGCCCGUCAUAAAAGAACGAAAAGAGAGUGUGUGCUAAAUUUCAUGCUAGAACGAAAGAGAUUGGACGAUUUUGCGAUGAGUAUUAUUGAUAACAGAUUUGCAGAACAAAAAAACCGGUUAAAGAAGACGGGAUGCAAGAAUAUUUACUACUUGGUUGAGGAGACAAGUGCCAGCGACUCUGUCCGAAUGGAGGAAGCAAUUAGGACUGCUGUAUGGGUUACUGUGAUCUAUCAUGGUUUCCACGUCAAAAGAACAAAAAAUUCCGAUGCGACAGUUGCUUGGCUUCAUGAUAUGACCAAUGUAGUCAAAGAAUGGUACAGUUCGUCUAAACUUCUGGUUAUUAGCCCGCAGGAUAUGAAAAACCAAUUGGAUUAUGAGAGGUCAUUGAGAAGUUUUCGCGGACAAUUCGAGAGAGGUCUUCAACUAGAAUGUUGUCAUAGGUUCGAUUGUUUUCAAGAAAUCAUGGGAAAAACUUCACUAAUGACUGUAAAAGAGCUGUAUUUACGUGCUCUGAUGCUAAAUAAGGGAGUAUCUCUAGAAAAGGCCUUAUCAAUACAAGCUGAAUACCCGACCAUGAAGGCUCUCCUCUCGGCUUACCGGUCCUGCCCGACAGAAGAAGCAGGUAAAAACUUGAUCUUUGAAUCUCUCAGAAAUCAACCUGGAAACAGAAAACUGGGGAAAGCCCUUUCUGAAACUUUAUGGAAAGCUUUUGGCGUCCGUAGAGGCGAGCCUCCUCAUGAGUGA